AUGUGCACAACUGGCCAGUACUGUCCCCCUCCUCUGCCCACCCAACUUAUUGCAGAGCUGGUGAAAGCAGAAUUUGACAGGUUUCUUUUCUUUUUUUUUCAGGAGCUCUUUGUCCAGUAUUUAGCCACUUACUCCUACAAACAUGGCCGCGGGAAAGAGAAGAGAUCCCUAACCUAUAGUGAUCUAUCCCACACAGCAGAGGAAUCUGAAACGUUUCAGUUCCUUGCUGAUAUCUUACCAAAGAAGAUCCUUGCUAGCAAAUACCUGAAAAUGCUUGAAAGAGAGAAGAGGGAUGGAAAAGUGGAAGAUGAUGAAGAAGAUGAAGAUGAUGAUGACAAAGAGGAAGAGAGUGAGGAGGAAGAUGAUGAAUCUUAAUAGUAUCAAACAACUAGCUUUAUAGUUAGUCUCUUUCCUUCAGUAUAAAGUAUUGGUUUAGCUCUCUGUUUUUGUUUUUGUUUUCCCCAAGCUAAUCCACAUUGUUGAGUUUUGGGAGCUGGGAAGGCUUGUGACGGUUGGGAAUCCACCUGCUAGGUUUACCUAUCUGUUUGAGAGUUGCUGUCUUGUUUACUUUAAAUUGAAACAAUUAGAUAUUACAGUCCCCUUGAAGGAAGGAAUUCUUUCCUUUAAUAUGGAAAACCAGGGGAACUGUACAUACAGAUCUUUAGACAGAAUCAGCUCAAACUAUUUUAAAGUAACUUCUUCAGACAAUCAUCAUCCAAAUAGAGCCUUGUAAGCAACCCUCAUGCAUCAAUUCCAAAGGCUCUGGCUAGGUGGGACUCUUCUUGUAGCUAAUAGUUCUGCUUAAUGAGUGACGGGGGUUGCACAUACUUCAUCUACAAUUCUGAGAUCACCUCCACCUAUUGCCUAGCAUCCUGUUUGAACGCUCCCACUGCAUCAACCCCACAGAAACUGUAAUAUGGCUACCAUUGUAAUACAGUUUUAAAUCACCAAGUUUGCAAGAGAACAGGAUGCAGGCAUAGACCAGUUAUAAUCCGUGGUAUCACUCUGCAGUUGUAUUGAUUAGAAGUAUUAACUAAUUAUGUAAAUAUGUAUAUCUAGAUAUUUUGUCACUCAGAGGAUUCUACUUUUGUAGUUUACUGCCAAUAGUGCUCUACCUGUGAGGUUUAUUAAAUAUAGAUUGCUGUAUGUUGUAUGGCAAGAAAAAGAACUUUUUUUACCAUUUGAGUGGUAGAAUUGGCAUAUUUUUUACUACUGUAAAAAUGGAAAAUAGCCGGUGUAUUACAUUUUUUACAAUAAAUGUCUUUUAAAAGUGGAAAUUAA